AUGGAGAAAAAAGAGCAAAUACGCCAAACCCAGCCAAGACAAGCGGUGGACGACGGUACAUCAGCUGAGAGAAGAGAUGCCCAAAUGAUGUACACAUCAAGCAUGGAGAAACAAGACCCAAAGCCUACAACACAGGUUAUGGCGACAGUUGGAGAGGCGAAAGAGGAUAUGCCAAUGGAGGAAAAGCAAAAGAGUAGCAAGAUAACAGGAGUAUGCGUGUGUUACAUGGAAACAGAAGAUGAGGAGAGUGAAAGCGAUGAGAACGUUCCUGGUGAGGGAAGUGGCAAGGAAGAUGAGACGAGUGAAGGAUGUGAGGUUUCAGAACCCGAAGAGGAGGAUAAGGAAGAAACUGAUGGUGGUUGUGAU